AUGUGGUUGUCACGGGGGCUGUUAGCCUCAACACUCAUUCUCGCCGUUAAGGCCCAAGAUGGAAUUGAAGAUGCAGCUAUGCGUAUUGCAACUGGUUUCGCAGAGUCUCUUAUUCAGCACGCAGUGAAAACACUGUCGGGAGACGCUGGAGGCGCUGGCGAUACUGUAAACGCUGGAGAUCAAGGAAAUCAAGGGAACCAAGGCCAAGCAUUCGAUGCGACUCUGAUUGAUGCUGCUACCGUAACCCACACCGUCGGUGGCCAAGCUAUAAUCGAAACAUACACACGUCCCGGGGGACAACUCUUCCCUGUUACACUCCUUCCUCACCCAAGAAUUACGAUUGCACCAACAACCGAUGACCCUUACGAGAGGAUUAUUCAAGCUUAUACUGGCGGCGAAGACGCUACCACGAACCAAGAAAUCACAAUCGCUGAACCAACAGGAACCAAACCCGGCACAGUUAUCGUCGACGUUCCUGGUUCCGCAUACUCAUCGUUCUCGUCUGGUCAGGCUGGUGCCUUGACGAUUCCACCUUCAAACGACCACCCCACAGCAACUAUUAUCUCAGCUUUGCCGAGCGGUGUUGGCAUUACUGGUGAAGCCACAAGAACAAUUCCUGCAGCAGGAGGUGCUUCUGCCACAGUUGUCAUUCAGACACCAUGGGAAGACGUACCGCCAAGCACUCCUGGUGCUGGUGCUGGUCUAGGAGGCGGUGCUGGUGGUAAUGCUGGUGGAAGCACGUCUGAUGUUUUGGUAAUUCAGACAUACACUGGAACAGAAUACAUCACGCAAGCGAGAGUCACUACCAUAACUGGCUCUGGAGGGGAUCAAGGCACGGUUGUUGUCCAAGUACCUCCGGGUAACCAGAAUCCUGGAGGCGCCGUUACGAUCCCUCCAAGUGGUGACAGUCAUUUCACAACAAUUGUUCGGCAAUACACUGGGGACACGCCCAUUUCUACUCCUGUUACUCGCCUUGUUCCUACCUCUGGAACUCAAGACGGAACGAUUAUCAUUGAGACGCCUGGUCCUUCAAGCCCCACUGGGAGCAGUGGAAACCAAGGUGGUAAUUCGCAUGAAAACCAGCCUCAGGUUAUCCCUCCAAACGGCGAUAGCCCUUACUCUACUAUCUUGAGACCCCAUGCCGGCUCUGGUGAGAUUACUGAGCCCGUGACUUACACUAUCCCACCAAGUGGUACGAACCCCGGAACAGUCAUCAUCGAAACACCAGCCGUUCGCGUUGGACAAUCAGUCAUUACUCUUCCUUCCGAUCCUGGCAGUGGAUACAUCACGAUUGUCAGACAGCCUACUGGCACUGGUGUGAUCACGGCCGCCACGACUAUUACAGUCCCACCCAGUAAUGGCCAGCCAGGAACUAUCAUUAUUGAGACCCCCUCUCCUCAACCUGGAGGUGGCGAGAUCACGAUUCCUGCAGGUGCUGAUGGCUCAUUCGUCACUGUUAUUCGAGGUCCGACUGGAUCAGAUGCUGUCAACACGCCUACCACAAUCACUGUUAGUGGAGCACCAGGCCAACCAGGAACAGUCAUUAUUGAGACUCCUGUUGGGUCCGGUGGUCAAACCACUCGAGAGCCUGAUGAUCCUUUUACUAUUCCCCCUGGACCUGGGGGUCAGUAUGUCACUGUCUUCAGACCACACAGCGGUGAACCCAUCACUGUCCCCAUCACACUCACCCAACCAGGCCAGAAUGGACAGCCAGGAACAAUUAUCAUCGAGACGCCUAUUCCAACAACUCCUGCUCCUGGUAGUGGACCCAUUACCAUCCCUGCUGGCGACGGCGGCUCUUACGUGACUGUCUACAGACCUCACUCUGGCAGCCCCAUUAACCAGCCCAUCACGAUCACCAUCCCACCUAAUGGAGGUCGACCUGGUACCAUCAUCGUGGAAACGCCUUUCAAUACGCCCAAGGGUCAAAAUGCAGUUACUUCAAACGAGCCAGGUGGCCAGCAGAUCACUAUUCCCCCGAGCAAGAACAACCCUUACGUGACAAUCUACCGACCUCAUACUGGGGAUCCCAUUACUGUGCCCAUCACUAUUACUCAAUCUCCAUCGGACGGUCAACCUGGAACUAUCAUUAUUGAGACUCCAGCUCCCGAACCUCAGACUGUCACUGAAGUUGAGACAGCGCCUGGUGCGACAGUAACUGUUCAGCCGAACACUCCUGGUGGAUACACAACCAUCUACCGCCCACACACGGGUGAACCGAUUUCCGAGCCCAUCACAGUCACCACUAUUAGCGGUUCCAACGGUCAACCAGGAACCGUGAUUAUUGAGACGCAAGGCCCGAUCACUAUUACACCUACUGGAAGUGGCGGUACUGCAACCAUUUACACACCUGGCACGGGUGUAAGUACUACUGUCACAAAGACGAUUGUUUCAACUGCUCAAGGUGGCCAGUCAACCACUGUCGUCAUCAUCGAGACUCCUCCAGUGAAAAUUCAGCCCACUCAGUCCCAAGUUACAGGCUCUGAUGGGUUUGUCACAGUCACGGAGCAGUAUUCCGGUACUAGUGUGAUCACUGCCAUCUUUACGACUACAAUCAUUGCAUCUGGAACAGGGCCUGGGACCGUCUUCAUCGAGACUCCCCCACCGAUCAAGUUCAACCCUACAACCAGUGCUUCAGAAUCUACUGUCACUGGCAGUGAUAACUAUGUCACGGUAUUCAAACCUUUCCCUGGCCCAGGUAUCAUCACUGCUCCUAUCACUGUUACUGAGGCUACUCCUUCUGGAGGACAGCCCGGCACUGUCGUCAUUCAGACCCCCGUUUCGGAGAACCCUACAACUUCCCUUCCUCAGCCUAGUACGACACAGGGAACUGAUGGGACCCAAGCUCCUUCAGGUGGUAAUCCUGGAACUGUAUUCAUCACGACCCCCGCGCCUCAGCCUACCACUACUACUUCUUUACCUGAGCCAAGCACUACGAGUGGGCCAGAUGGUUAUGUUACCGUCUUUCUUCCUUUCCCUGGACCUGGUGUUAUCACGCAGUCCUACACCCGAACACAGGCACCGUCAGGUGGAAGCCCAGGAACCGUGUUCAUCACGACUCCCGCGCCUCUUCCUCAGACCACUGCCCAACAGAACCUGCCAAGUACAACUUCAGGUGUGGAUGGUUAUGUGACAGUCUUCAUCCCUUACCCGGGACCGGGCCAGAUCACUGCGCCUAUCACCAGCACCCAGCCACCUGCAAAUGGCCAGCCUGGUACUGUCUUUAUCACCACUCCCAUACCUGCGUUUUCCACUCCUAAACAAGCGAAUGGAUUGACCAGCACGUCAACAGGUACAGAUGGCUAUGUGACAGUGUUUAUCCCGUACCCUGGCCCAGAUGUGAUCACUGCCCCCAUCACUAGCACACAGGCUCCAGCGAAUGGACAGCCCGGCACUGUCUUUAUCACUACGCCCGCGCCAGUGUUCUCCACUCCCAAGCAGGCGAAUGGAUUGACAAGUACUUCAACCGGCACGGACGGUUAUGUUACUGUAUUUGUUCCUUACCCAGGUCCUGGGUCCAUCACUGCAGAUAUCACCAGCACUCAGCCACCAGCAAAUGGCCAGCCUGGAACUGUUUAUAUUACAACCCCUGCACCUGCGUUUUCUACUCCCAAGCAAGCGAAUGGAUUGACGAGUACUACGACUGGCACAGACGGCUACGUUACUGUUUUCGUCCCUUACCCAGGUCCUGGGUCUAUUACCGCCGACAUUACCAGCACUCAGCCGCCUGCGAAUGGUCAGCCUGGCACUGUUUAUAUCACAACUCCUGCACCUGUGAGCACUGCUGAACAGAACGUUCCAAGCACGUCGGCUGUGGAUGAUGGUUACGUGACCGUGUUCCUUCCUUUCCCCGGUCCGGGUACUAUCACUGCUCCCAUUACCAGCACGCAGCCUCCGUCAGACGGUAACCCUGGAACUGUCUUUAUCACAACACCUGCGCCGCCGACAUCUCAGCAGGGCGUUCCAAAUACUGCCCAGGGUGAUGGAGGAUAUGUCACGGUUUUCCUUCCAUACACGGGUACCGGCGUCAUCACUGCACCAAUCACUAGCACGCAGGCGCCUUCAGGUGGCAACCCAGGCACUGUAUUCAUUACAACCCCAGCUUCCGGAACGGCGACGCAGUCACAGACCCCAGCACUGAUCACAGAUAAUUACAUCACGAUCCACACACCUUUCCCCGGACCUGGUGUAAUUACAUCGCCUAUCACGAUUACCAGACCGCCAGCUGAUGGGCAACCCGGAACCGUCAUUAUCCAGACUCCGGCUCCAGUGAGCUCCAACGCCGAUUCGUACGUGACAGUCUAUAGACCCUACCCAGGUCCUGGUACUAUCACCGCACCGAUAACAUUGACCCAAGCUCCUACUAAUGGCCAACCUGGUACUGUAUUUAUCGAGACCCAGCCCACCAAUGAGCCUACUUCUUCGCCCACGCAUGGUGAUUCUGCUUCUCCUAUUACCAUCCCACCUGCGCCAACUGGGUCAUAUGUUACUAUUUACAGGCCUUACCCUGGUCCUGGACAAAUAUCGUCUGCUGUUACGUAUACCCAAGCUCCUGUAUCUGGGCAGCCCGGAACUGUUAUCAUCGAGACCCCUAACUCGGAUGCACCUACUGCUACCCAGACUGGCCCAGUGACAGUUCCUACUGGAAACAACAACCCAUAUGUAACAGUGUACAGGCCAUACCCUGGCCCAGGAAACAUUGACCAACCUAUCACUAUCACCUCCGUUACUGCCUCUGGUGAUCAGCCAGGAACAAUUGUUAUUGAGACACCUACCCUUGAAGUGAACACGAAGUUUGCUCCAUCGCCUACAACGUCUCCUCCAGUCACGAUUCCGGCUGAUGGCAACAACUAUGUUACCGUUUACAGACCACACACUGGAUCUCCGAUCACAGCGCCUAUUACUGUCACUACCAUUGCACCCACGGGAGGACAGCCUGGCACGGUGAUCAUUGAGACUCCAGGACCUGAGUCCCAGCCAUCAAGCACAGAUAGCCCACCUGUAACCAUCCCUCAAGGCCAAGAUGGAUAUGUCACAGUUUAUCAACCGUACCCUGGUCCGGGUACUAUCACCGAGCCUGUCACUGUAUCUACCAUCGCGCCAAGCAAUGGUCAACCAGGUACCGUGGUUAUCCAGACUCCUGUGCCUGCAGCUUCGACCUCAUCCACCGGCGAGCAGGCCACCACCGCUUCUGCAGUUACUAUUCCUGCCGAUGACGGUGGUUACGUGACUGUAUACAGACCCUUCCCUGGGCCUGGAACUAUCACUGCGCCCCGCACCGUUGGAACAGUCGCGCCAACUUCGGGUCGGCCCGGUACAGUUAUUAUUGAGACGCCUGCUCCUCAAGCCACCAAUGAUGGAAGCAGCUCAGCACCAGCUGUCAGUUCCACACAAGGCACUGAUGGCUAUGUUACAGUUUUCCGACCUUACACUGGUACAAGCGUCAUCGGAGGACCUAUUACCGUCUCUACUAUUCCUCCAUCCAACGGGCAACCCGGAACUAUCAUCGUCGAAACACCUGCUGCGCAGACUGCUGACCCAACAACUCAAACUGGAGAUAACGCACCUGUCACAAUUCCACCCAGCCCCGAGAACACCUACGUGACGGUCUACAGACCCCACACGGGUGCUAAUCUCAUCACGGCUCCAGUCAUUGUGACCACUAUCCAGGGCGAAAAUGGACAACCCGGCACGAUCAUAAUCGAAACUCCUGCUACCCAAGCUCCUACAUCGACAGACGACAGUCGUGGAGCGUCUGUUACUAUCCCCCCUGGUCCUGAAAACUCUUACCUGACGGUCUACCGACCUCAUACAGGCACAGAUUCUAUCACAGCCCCAGUGACGGUGACAACUAUUGAAGGUGUCAAUGGUCAACCCGGCACUAUCAUCAUCGAGACUCCCGCGCCAAUGAGCCAGACUCCAAUUGAGACCAGCGAUGGUACAGGAGCUACUUCAACUGCCCCACUUAGUCCUGGCAGCUCAUAUGUAACUGUUUACCGACCCUAUACUGGGACUGAGACUAUCACGGCACCUAUUACUGUCACUACUAUUGCACCCACGGGAGGACAGCCAGGGACCGUCAUUAUUGAGACUCUUACGUCUUCAGCCCCAGACAACAAUGCUCCCAGCACUGUUCCCCCUGGGCCUGGUAGCUCAUACGUGACAGUCUACAGACCUUACACAGGUACUGAGUCGAUCACUGCACCUAUUACUAGUACAAUCGAGGGAACGAAUGGCCAGCCUGGCACUGUUGUCAUUGAGACGCCUACCUCGGUGGGACAAGAUGCGAAUGCUCCCAGCACCGCCCCAGCCAGUCCUGGCAGUACAUACAUCACAGUGUACGAACCCUAUCCUGGACCAGGCAAGAUUGACCAGCCCAUCACGGUCACAACUGUCGAACCUUCGAACGGUAACCCCGGUACUGUCAUUAUUCAGACUCCAGGCAUUGAGACUGGUGGCAAGGUCGUCGUCCCCCCAGUCACUGUUGAUCCCGCACCAGGUGGACAGUACACUACAGUUUACAGACCUCACACUGGUACCGGUGUCAUUACUGCGCCCGUCACAAUUACCACUAUUGCACCCGCAGGUGGCCAGCCAGGAACUGUCAUCAUUGAAACCCCCGAGCCAGAGACGCCCGGUCCUAACCCGACUGUCACUCUGACUCCUGGGCCCAAUGAGUCUUACGUGACGGUCUUCCAACCUCAUACUGGCACUGAUGUGAUUACUGGCCCUGUCGUCAUUACCACUAUUGCCCCUGCUAAUGGUCAACCUGGUACUGUUAUUAUUGAAACCCCUGUUGCACCCGAGUCCUCUUCGACUCUUCUUCCUGCAGAGUCUGGCACCGUUGUUCCUCAAGCUACUGCUACCUACGUUACGGUUUAUCGUCCUCAUACCGGCCCAGAGAGGAUAACAGCUCCUGUAACGGUCACCACAAUCAGUCCAAGUGCUGAUCAGCCUGGAACCGUUAUAGUUGAGACCCCUGACCAGGACCUACCUCCUGUGACAACUUCUGCUGGUCCGGCUGCUUCUUAUGUUACGGUCUAUCAACCUCACACUGGAACAGACAGGAUCACCGCUCCAGUCACUAUCACUACCAUUGAGCCUAUAAAUGGGCAGCCUGGUACAGUGAUUAUUGAGACACCGGGACAACAAGCGCCUCCUGUGACAUCUACUCCUGCCCCCGCUUCGUACAUAACCAUUUCGAGGCCUUACACAGGAACAGAACAGAUUACAGAACCGAUCACGACGACUGUUCCUCCUCAAGGAGAUCAACCUGGUACAGUUAUUGUUGAAACCCCUGGCCAAAAGGCCUUCCAAGCGUCCACAGCUUCUCCACCGUCGUAUGUAACCAUUUCGAGGCCCUACACUGGUACCGAACAGAUCGCAGCUCCUAUCGUCACUACUAUCUCUCCUCAAGGUGACCAGCCUGGCACAGUGAUCUAUGAAACCCAAGCUCCUUUUGCGACUGUCUAUCGGCCAUACACUGGAACAGGCCAAAUUACUGAGCCCCUUACUGUUUCUACCAUUCCGCCCAAUGGUGAUCAGCCAGGCACAAUCAUCGUCGAGACGCCAGGGGCUGGCCCGGCUGUUACUACCACACCUCCCGCGCCAUCAUAUGUCACAAUCACCAAUCCUUACACUGGAACACAGAUGCUUACUGAGCCUACCACUGUGACUACUCUCCUUCCUCAGGGCGACCAGCCUGGUACGGUUAUUGUUGAGACCCAAGGACCUUAUGUGACCAUUUCGACUCUGUACACUGGUGUUGGUACCAUCACGGGCCCGGUUCCUCUUACUACGAUCCCUCCUCAAGGCAACCAGCCCGGAACUGUCGUGAUUGGAACCCUCGGAUCCUAUGUUACGAUCACCACGCAAUAUACUGGGACGGAAUUGAUUACCGCACCGAGGACUAUCACCACUAUUCCCCCUCGCGGAGACCAGCCAGGUACCGUGGUUGUUGAGACGCCUCAGUCUUACAUCACUACCACGGUUCCAUACACUGGUGUUGAUCAGAUCACUGCGCCCAUCACUGCGACCACAAUUCCUCCCUCGGGAGACCUCCCCGGCACAGUUGUUGUUCAAACACAGGCUCCCUUUGCUACCGUUUAUCGCCCCCAUACUGGAGCCGACAGAAUCACGGCCCCAGUGACCGUUUCAACCAUUGCCCCCAACGGUGAUCAGCCUGGUACUAUUAUUGUCGAGACUCCUGGGUCAGAACCUCCCGUAACGACAACACCCCCUGCUCCUUCUUACAGCACAAUCUAUGAGGAAUACACUGGCACUGGUGAAAUAACGGAAGCCAGUGCAAGGACCACUAUCCAACCUCAAGGCGACCAGCCCGGUACAAUCAUUUUUGAUACUCCUGGAGUUCGUGUUAUUUCCACUAGUGCUGCUCAGGCUUCUUACGUUACUGUCUAUCAACCCCAUACUGGUACGGGUAGAAUCACAGAGCCUGUCACAGUCACGACUAUUGCGCCUCAGGGUGGUCAGCCUGGUACUGUUAUAAUCGAGACACCUGGGACCGACCCUGCAGUUACAUCGACACCUGCUCUUCAACCCUCAUAUGUCACAGUCUACCAGCCUCACACAGGCCCAGAUAAAAUCACAGAGCCUAUCACCAUUACAACUGUUGCACCUCAAGGCGACCAACCCGGCACUGUUAUCAUCGAGACUCCAGGUUCAGAGCCGCCCAUCACUUCAGGGCCUGCUGCAGAGCCUUCUUAUGUCACGAUUUAUCAACCCCAUACAGGACCUGACCAAAUUACGGCUCCAAUCACAGUUACAACUAUUGAGCCUCAAGGAACUCAACCUGGCACCGUGAUCAUCGAGACACCUGGUUCCCAACCACCUGUCACCUCAAGUCCUGUUGCAGAGCCUUCCUAUUUGACUGUAUUCAGACCUCAUACUGGCCUUGAAUCAAUCACUGCUCCAGUUACUAUCACAACAAUUAAGCCCCAGGGUGGCCAACCUGGUACUGUCAUCAUUGAGACGCCAGGACCAGGUGAGCCUCUUACUUCAGCUGCAGGUCGUUAUACAACUAUCUACGAACCUCAUACUGGUCCUGGCGAAUUCACUGGUGAGGUGACUCGCACUAUCGCUCCCCCUGAAGGCGAUCGACCUGGCACUGUUGUUGUUGAAACUGCGGGAUCAGGUCCUACUGCAGCUUCUGGCCGUUAUACCACUAUUUACGAGCCUCAUACUGGUACUGGCCAAUAUACUGGCGAGGUCACCAGGACUAUCGCUACCCCCGAGGGUGAUCGACCUGGCACUGUUGUUAUCGAGACUGCAGGAUCAGCACCUACUGAAGCUUCUGGUCGUUACACAACUAUCUACGAACCUCACACUGGCCCUGGCGAAUUCACUGGCGAGGUGACCCGAACUGUUGCACCUCCUGAAGGCGACCGGCCUGGUACUGUUGUUGUUGAAAUGUCGUCAGCUCCUGGUCAGUACACCACCAUUUAUGAGCCUCAUACUGGCGCCGGGGAGUUUACCGGAGAGGUCACCCGAACUAUCGCUUCUCCCCAGGGCAAUCAACCCGGGACUGUUGUUAUCGAAACACCAAGAUCAGCAAUUUCGGGACUCGGAACCUACACCACUAUUUACGAGCCUCACACAGGUCCUGGUGAGUUCACUGGUGAAGUUACCCGAACUGUUGCCACUCCUCACGAUGGUCAACCAGGUAUUAUCGUCGUCGAGACACUAAUGUCGGGAACUGCGGCGCUUACAGCCUAUACCACCGUGUACGAGCCUCACACUGGCCCUGGUGAUUUUACUGGCGAAGUUACCCGGACUGUUGCCACCCCUCAUGACGGUCAGCCUGGCACCAUCGUGAUUGAGACGGAAGUAGGAUCUAGUUCUGCUCCUGGUCGCUACACUACCAUCUACGAGCCUCAUACAGGCACUGGCGAGUUCACGGGUGAAGUCACCCGAACCAUUGCCUCUCCUCAUGAUGGUCAGCCUGGUACUGUUGUUAUUGAAACCCCCGGACUACAGACAGCAAACAAGGGAGCCAACCCUCCUCUGACUAUCCCUGCCGGAGAUGAUAGUUAUGUAACUGUUUUCAGACCUUACACAGGGACACCUCAGAUCACAGCGCCCUCAACGGUGACUACCAUUGCGCCAUCCAAUGGUCAGCCUGGUACUGUUAUUAUUGAGACUCCGGUACCAGAAACUACCAGCAGCAGCGAUAUGCGCAAUUCUCCUGUGACCGUUCCUGCCGGAGACGACAAAUACGUCACGGUGUUUAGACCACAUACUGGCACUGAUGUGAUCACUGCUCCAGUCACUGUCACGACCAUAGCUCCUUCUGGUGGGCAGCCUGGUACAGUCAUUAUUGAGACUCCCGAGGCGAUUACGAAAGCCGCAACCACUAUGUCUGGUCCUGAAGAAGUGUUUGUGACUAUUUACAGGCCAUACACCGGUACCGAGCAAAUUACGGCCCCGGUAACUGUCACAACAAUGACGCCGGUUUCUGGAACAGGUACCGUGAUUAUCGAGACUCUUGCACCCCAAAGUGCCAGCACUGUAUAUGUCACUAUUUACAGGCCAUACACUGGUACAGCACGAAUCACGGAACCUACCACUGUCACAACCAUUUCCCCAGUAUCUGGUACUGGAACGGUCAUCGUUGAGACUCCUACUCCAGAAUCUUCAGUCAACAGCCAGCCAGCAACCUCCUCUGCAAUCACUAUCCCGUCGAAUGACGAGAAUCGCAAUGUGACCGUCAUUAAACCCUACCCUGGUCCAGGGUCGGUUACAGCUCCCGUCACCAGAUAUGUUCCCCCUACCGCCGCGGGUGAGCCUGGAACUGUUAUCAUCGAAACUCCUGUCGAGGAGUCGACCACAGAAGCUCAACCUCAGAGCCAGCCAACAUCAGCUCCUGCCGUCACAAUCCCCCCUAGUAAUGGAAGUCCCAACAUCACAAUUGUCCGCGAGUAUCCUGGCCCAGGUGUCAUUACUGCUCCUGUCACUUCUUACGAGCCGCCAACGGCAUCAGGGCAGCAUGGAACCGUUAUUAUAGAGACCCCGGCUCCAACUCCCAACACCAUGUUAGCCCCUAUCGAAACAAUGUCAGGCCCAGCCGAUACUGUGUCGUCAGGUCCCGCUGGUCAGAAUGUUACUUUCUACACUUUGGCACCGCCAGGCGUAAAGACUCCUAUCACUAGCUACGCUCCACCACAGACACCAGGACAGACUGGUACUGUUUUCAUCCAGACAGUUGCUUCCGAACCUGGAAUGAGUGCCGGCAACGAAAGGAAUGUGACCAUUACGACUGAUGGUUCAGUGUCGCUCACGGGUCCUUAUACUCGGUACCAACCUCCUGGAACUCCAGGAGAUCCAGGAACGGUUAUCAUCGAAACUCCACCUGUACGAUCCGCUGAGACAACGUCAGACUCAGCAGUUACUAUCCCUGCCCAUUCUGGUAACCCUAACGUUACCGUUAUCAGAGGUGGUCCAGGCAAGGAGGCUACUACGAUCUAUGUUCCCCCAACUGGUACUGAGCCAGGGACAAUUAUCAUUGAGACACCUACUGAUGCGGCCACGACCCGGGAGGAGACGACAUCUGAGGAUCAGAUGACUACCGAGAAGCCGGCUGUCACUCUUCCUCCUAGCUCCAACAGCCCCAAUGUUACUGUCAUCCGACCUUAUCCUGGACCUGGCUCAAUUACAGAGCCUGUUACCAGAUAUGUCCCUCCUACCGCUUCUGGCGAGCCUGGGACGAUUAUCAUUGAAACUCAAUCGUCGGCCAGUUCGGUCCCAACAUCAGCCAACCCAGAGAUUACUUUACCACCGAGCUCCCAAAGCCCCAAUGUUACUGUGAUCAGGCCUUAUCCUGGACCUGGCUCAAUCACUGAGCCUGUUACUAGAUAUGUCCCUCCUACUGCUUCUGGAGAGCCCGGCACUGUGAUUAUUGAGACACAGUCCACCGACGAAUCUACUGAACUUUCAACGUCCUCCCAUGAAGCCCAGGCAACAAGUGGUGAUUCUGGAAUCACUAUCCCAGCCCACUCUGGAAGUCCUAACGCUACUGUCUUCCGGCCAUACACUGGCCCCGGCACGAUUGAGACCCCUAUCACCAGCUACAUUCCUCCGACCAACCCUGGCGAGCCAGGUACUGUUGUUAUUGAGACGCCUGUUUCCCGUCCAGAAAGCUCUUCUCAACAAGAAGUUCCGUCCACUUCUGGUCCUGCCUCAAUCGCAGCAGUGCUUACCACUGGCGGAAACACCACACCUUUCUCGUCUGCUUCAAGCAAUCCUGAUGCCCUCACGAUCACACCAACUGAUACUCGUGAAGAUGUUACUAUUAUUGAGCCAAACACCAAGUUUCCGGGUGCUACCGAGAACGUCACCCAGAUUGUACCUCCUUCAGGAACAGCUCCUGGAACGAAGAUUAUUUAUACGCCUGUAAACACCUCUGGCCAAUCAUCUGUGGGUACUGCCGACACCGACUCUUAUGUCACAAUAAGUGCAACGGUCACUAUUCCGGGAGAUCCCUCCACCCGAACCGGUGCAAAUUCAAACGCUGGAAGUGAUGCCGGUACUACGGGUGCAGAGACUAAUGUCAUUAUUAUCCCACCCAGUGGCACAGAGCCAGGAACAGUCGUUUCUCAGACCAGUGUUUAUCUGGACCAGACUUUGGCUCCGCACGGGAAUGUCACCAUUACUCGAGCAGCGCCCGCUGGUUCGAGUGAUUUGGGAACCGUCAUCGUUGAGAUUCCUGAUUACAACGUCACGACUACUAGAGCGGGCCCACCUGGAGUCACAACAACUUUGACAACAUACUCACCUCCAGCUUCUCCGGGCGCUCCGGGAAUGGUUAUUGUCGAGACUCCUGAUUAUAACGUUACUGUUACUCGCCAAGCACCAGCAUCCGUCACGAGCCUUCGAACAACUUAUGCCCCUCCGGGUACCCUAGGCGAUCCUGGUACUGUUAUCGUCGAAACACCCAACAAUGAAUAUAACGUUACAAUCACCCGUGGAGCAUCUAUUACGGCCCCUUUAACUACCUAUUCCCCUCCUGGUUCUGCAGGCGAUCCAGGUACAAUUAUAGUUGAAACUCCCGACUAUAAUGUCACUGUCACUACACAGGCCCCUGAUUCUAUCACGAGCAUUCGCACUAAAUAUGUUCCUCCUGCCUCCGCCGGCGAUCCGGGAACUGUGGUUGUCGAAACGCCUAACAAUGCUUAUAAUGUCACGGUCACUAGAGCUGCUCCAGCCUCAGUCACCAAGAUGUAUACCACUUACUCUCCUCCAGGCGCCCAAGGCGAUCCAGGCACUGUAUUUGUCGAGACACCUAAUUACAAUGUCACAAUUACACGACAAGGACCCAAGACAGCCACCGCUGUAUUCUCGACUUACUCACCACCUGGAGAGCCUGGCGAUCCGGGUACAAUUAUUGUUGAGACUCCUUCCGCUGCUUACAACGUCACUACCACUCGGGGUGCUUCAACAAUCACGACACCUUUCACAACAUACUUGAGUCCGGGCGAGGCUGGCGACCCUGGCACCGUACUUGUCGAAACGCCUGAUUAUAACGUCACAAUUACAAGACAGGCUCCCAAGUCAGUAACAUCGUUGGUCUCUAUCUAUUCGCCGCCCGGAAGCCCUGGCGAUCCUGGCACGGUCAUUAUCGAAACACCCAUGGGCCCGUACAACAUCACAACAACUCGAGGUGCUUCUUCGGUAACGGCCCCAGUUACAACCUACAUGCCGCCGGGACAGGCUGGCGAUCCGGGAACCGUUUUGGUCGAGACCCCAGAGUACAACGUCACAAUCACCAGCCAGGCCACAGACUCUGUUUCGGACACUGUCACUAGGUAUAACCCACCAGCUUCUCCAGGUGACCCGGGAACCGUUGCGAUUAUCAUGCCUAACCAAAAGGUUGGAUCAACUUCGCCAAACCCAUCUAUCACCGAUGCGCCUGGCCAGAAUGUUACCGUUUAUCGACCCGGUCCAAGGACGCUCACCGGACCCGUUACCUCAUACAUCCCUCCUGCCAGCCGCGGAGAAAAUGGCACGGUAAUUAUUGAGACUCCUGGUCCCGCUACGCCUUUCAACAUCACGACCACGCAAACAGUCAGCACCAUCACUGCUAUAUACACAACCUAUUUACCAGCCGGUGCAGAAAACGAUCCAGGAACUAUACUCGUCGAGGUCCCUCCCUCGCGUAACGUGACAAUCACCAAGGACGACGCUACUAUCACAGCACCAUAUACGACAUACUCACCGCCCGGAACUGCUGGUGAUCCGGGUACAGUUAUCAUCGGCAUGCCUGCAGAUCGUAAUGUGUCUAUUACGACUGUCGUCAAUACUCGAACUGCCCCGUACACAACAUAUAUGCCACCGGGCAACCGUGGGGAUCCCGGCACCGUUGUGGUUGAAUUACCUCCUGAUUCGAAUGUUACGACGACGAAGACAGUCAGCGACAGGACUGCUGUUUACACCACCUACUCUGCACCUGCGAAUAGAGGUGAUCCUGGCACCAUCAUUAUCGAGGUGCCCCCUGGGCGUAACGUGACAGUUACUGAAGUCGCUAGCACAAUUACCUCCCCUUACACCAGCUACUCGUCACCUGCAAGGCAAGGAGAUCCGGGUACAGUGUUCAUCGGGCUGCCCCCUGAUUCUAAUGUGACAAUCACAACCGAAGUCCCAACCCGAACUGCCCCUUAUACGACAUACUCGCCGCCGGCUAAACAAGGCGACCCUGGCACCGUUGUCGUGGAGUUGCCCUCUGACAGGAAUACAACGAUCACGAAAGACGUAGCUAGCCGCACUCAGCCAUUUACCACCUACAUGUCCCCAGCUAACAAGGGUGAUCCGGGUACUGUCAUCGUGGAGAUGCCACCCGACAGAAAUGUGACUAUCACAACAGAAGUCCCAACUCGCACCAAGCCAUACACUACCUUUGCAACGCCCGCCAACAAGGGAGAUCCAGGUACUGUCAUCGUGGAGAUACCACCUGACCGAAACGUCACUAUUACAACUGAGGCUACUGGUCUUACUGCUCCUUAUACCAGUUACGCUUUGCCUGGAAGUCAAGGCGACCCGGGUACUGUUAUCAUUGGUAUGCCACCAGACAGAAAUGUCACUAUUACAACCGAAGUCCUUACUCGCACUGCCGCCUAUACGACAUAUUCUGCACCUGGCGCAAGAGGCGAUCCAGGCACUGUCAUUAUCGAACUCCCUCCCGAUCGCAAUGUCACUAUCACAACCGAGGUGCCUGGUCGUACUGCUGCCUUUACUACCUUUGCUUCGCCUGCGACCAAAGGAUACCCAGGCACAGUCAUUAUCGAAUUGCCCCCUGACCGCAAUAUCACAACAACAGAACAAGUCCCCACGCUGACCCAGGCUUAUACUACUUAUUCGUCUCCGGGAAGCCGCGGCGACCCAGGUACUGUAAUUGUGAGACUCCCACCAGACAGGAAUGUCACAAGGACGACUGUAGUCGAUACACUCACUGCGCCUUCAACUGUCUAUUCUGCACCAGCCAACAGAGGAGACCCAGGCACCAUUAUCAUCGAAAUGCCCCCAGCUAGGAACGUCACCACAACUGAGGUCGUUAACAGUAUUACUCGGGCCACUACAACCUAUGCGCCGCCUGGUAAACAAGGCGAUCCCGGCACUGUGAUUAUACAAGAGCCCCCUGAAACAAACACAACUAUUGUCGAAGUCGUUUCUACAAUCACUCGCCCAGCUACGAGGUACGUUACCCCUGGUACCAAGGGUGAUCCAGGCACUGUUUUCAUCGACGUACCACCAAACCAUAAUGUCACCAUCACCACAACAGUCAGCACGAUCACUCGCCCAAGCACAACGUUUGCCCCUGGUGCAACGGAAGGAGAUGCUGGCACGGUACUUGUCGAGAUGCCUCCUGAAUAUAAUGUUACGACAACUCAGACUGUGCAGACUAUCAGCAGGCCAGUCACCCGCUAUUCGUCUCCCACUGAGAUCGGCGACCCUGGCACUGUAUAUCUCGAUAUGCCGCCAGAGUACAACGUCACUGUCACUACAACGGUCUACAGUAUCACACGCCAAAGCACAACCUUUGCCGCAGGUGCAACGCAAGGAGAUCCAGGCACUGUUAUUGUUCAGGUGCCCCCUGAGUACAAUGUCACAACAACCCAGACGGUGCAAACAAUCAGUAGGCCAGUCACUCGUUACUCUAAGCCAGCUGAGAUUGGAGAUCCAGGCACGAUCUAUGUCGAUCUCCCGCCGGAGUACAAUGUCACUGUCACGACAACCGUCCCGACUAUCACAAGGCAAUCUACAACAUUCGCUUCCGCUGCGCAGAGAGGUGACCCUGGUACAAUCAUUAUUGAGAUGCCACCAGACACCAAUACUACGAUAACUCAAACGAUCCAGACAAUUACCAGACCAGUAACAAGGUACUCGAAGCCAGGUGAAGUUGGUGAUCCGGGCACAAUCUAUGUGGAUUUGCCGCCGGAGUACAACGUGACAAGAACCACUACUGUUCCUACGAUAACGAGGCCUUCAACUACCUUUUUUCCGGCCGGCACACAGGGCGAUGCUGGUACUAUUCUUGUUCAGCUGCCGCCAGACACCAAUGUUACAACAACUCAAACGGUCUCGACGAUCAGCAGACCUAUUACUAGAUAUUCCACGCCUGGUACGGCUGGAGAUCCUGGUACUGUAUACGUUGACCUUCCGCCGGAUUACAAUGUCACCAGAACUACAACUGUAGCAACGAUCACACGAGCAUCAACCACAUUUGCCCGCGCUGGCAUGCAGGGUGACCCUGGCACUGUCGUUGUGCAACUUCCACCAGACUAUAAUGUCACUACCACCGAGACCGUCAGCUCCAUCAGUCGAGUCAGAACUACAUACCAACCAGCUGGAACACAAGGUGACCCGAAUACAGUACUUAUACAGGUUCCUAUAGACUACAAUGUCACAACGACGGAAACAGUCAGCACUAUCACCCGGGUCAGGACUACUUACAAUCCAGGCGCAACUGAAGGUGACCCAGGAACUGUGCUUGUUGAAGUUCCUGUCGAAUAUAAUGUUACAACCACCGAAACAGUCAGCACAAUUAGCAAUACCAGGACAACAUACAACCCUGGAACAAUUGCUGGUGAUCCAGGAACUGUGCUUGUUCAAGUUCCACCCACUAUGGACACAACCACCCAACCCGACACAGCCUUUAUUUCCACUAGUACCGAUGGUAAUGUAGGAACGUCCUUUGAGGCCCCUGGCGGGAAGUUUGCAUCUCCGUCAGGAAUCAGUGGUCUAUCGGCACCAUCAACUGGCCCAUCUUCAACCGGCUCUCAACCCUCAGCACCCUCAAGUGGUAUUUCUGCCGAUGCUUUAAGCGGUCCCUCAGCGCCUUCAGCGAGUCUCCCAACCGGCUCCCAGCUAUCAGUACCUUCAGCUGGCCUCUCAGCGCCAUCGGCCAGUCUACCAACCGGCUCCCAGCUAUCAGUACCUUCAGCUGGCCUCUCAGCGCCUUCGGCCAGUCUACCAACCGGCUCCCAGCUAUCAGUACCUUCAGCUGGCCGCUCAGCGCCAUCAGCGACUCUCCCAACCGGCUCCCAGCUAUCAGUACCUUCAGCUGGCCUCUCAGCGCCAUCGGCCAGUCUACCAACCGGCUCCCAGCUAUCAGUACCUUCAGCUGGCCUCUCAGCGCCAUCAGCGACUCUCCCAACCGGCUCCCAGCUAUCAGUACCUUCAGCUGGCCUCUCAGCGCCUUCAGCGACUCUCCCAACCGGCUCCCAGCUAUCAGUACCUUCAGAUGGCCUUUCAGGCGGCCCUUCUGCCGGUAUUCCAUCUGCUUCAACUGGCGUUCCAGCAACCGCCUUUGAGCCCCCUGGUGGAAAGUUUGCAUCCUCAUCGGAGGUUAAUAGCUUAUCGGUACCUUCGGCUAGUCUACCAACCGGUUCUCAACUGUCUGCGCCUUCGGCUGGUUUGCCUAGUGCUUCUCAGCUGUCUACGCCUUCGGCCAGUCUCCCAACUGGUUCUCAGCUGUCUGUGCCUUCAGCCAGUCUACCAACUGGUCCUCAACUGUCUGCGCCUUCGGCUGGUUUGCCUAGUGCUUCCCAGCUGUCUGUGCCUUCAGCCAGUCUACUAACUGGUCCUCAACUCUCUGCGCCUUCGGCCAGUCUCCCAACUGGUUCUCAAUUGUCUGCGCAAUCAGCCGGGCUCUCAUCAGAUUCACGUGUUUCAACAGGUGAUCCAGGAAUGACCUUUGAGGCCCCUGGUGGGAAGUUUGCAUCAUCAUCAGGGGUUAGUGGUUUAUCUGCGCCAUCGAUUGGUAUUCCAUCAGUCUCUGGUAUAAUUUCAGGCUCCCAAGCAUCCAUGCCUUCUGCCGGUAUACCCUCAGCUAGCCUACCUUCAGCUGGUCUACCUUCAGCUAGCCUACCUUCAGCUGGUCUUCCAUCUGCCAGUGUACCUUCAGUCAGUGCACCUUCAGCUAGUGUACCUACAGCGAAUGUGCCAUCUGCCAGUGUACCCUCAGUUGCUGUUCCUUCAGCUAGCCUACCUACAGCUGGUCUACCUUCAGCUAGCCUACCUUCAGCUGGUCUUCCAUCUGCCAGUGUACCUUCAGCCAGUGCACCUUCAGCUAGUGUACCUACAGCGAAUGUGCCAUCCGCUGGUGUACCCUCAGUUGCUGUUCCUUCAGCUAGCCUACCUUCAGCUGGUCUACCAUCUGCUGGUGUACCUACUGGACAAUCAGCUGGAUUGCCGUCUGUAGGUCUAUCAUCAUCAUCAGUUUCGACCACGUCCCAAACAUCCGUAGCAUCUGUUGGUAUACCCUCGGCUGGUGUUCCUUCCGUCGGCCUUCCUUCAGUAUCCACCUCAAUAGCAUCGGUGCCAGCAGUGAGCGUCUCUUCUGCAAUUGUAUCGACGGCACCCACUUUGGUUACUUCUUCGAGCGUACAAGUGCCUGCAGUGGUAUCUAGUAGUACCAGCAGCAAACUACCUCAAGCAUCCUUUGGCCCAACCUUUGAUUGUGACGGGUUUGGAUACGUCAUUUCAACCCUUCUUGGCAACACUCUCACAAAGGUCAACCUUGUCGAUGGAACCAGAACCACGGUUGCGACUGGAAUCGGCCCUGGUGGUAGCCUCCUUAACGUCGCCGGUGUGGCAGGCGCCAUCAAUGGUAUCGGAUUCAACAAGCUUGACGGUUACAUAUAUGGUGUCGUCAACCAAGGUGUUGUCUCAGGAGUCCUUUGCGGUCUUCUCGGAUGCGCUUCAUCUCAGCUCAUCCGUAUCGCUAAGAACGGUGGUUACGAGACACUGAAGCUUACUAUCCCUUCCAACAUGAUCGAUAUGGGCGAUGUUGAUGAGCAGGGGCGAUUCUGGGUCUCAGAAAACGGAAAGAAAUGGUGGUGCAUUGAUGUGAACCCUGCUUCUUCCACAUUCGGAAAACUACUUAACAGUGGUACUUCUGCAACAGACAUUAUCUCCGGUGUGGGCGACUGGGCGUAUGUGCCUGGUGGAGGUGACUACCUUUAUGCUAUACAGGCAUCAGUCAUCGAGUCAGGUCUUCUUCGAACUAACAUCGUCCGAUGGUCGCGCACAACGUAUACCUGGUCGCGCUAUCAAUCCUACCCAAACCUUGUUCUUACAAGCCUCAACCUAAUCUGGGGUGCCGUCAUGGCAGGACCGGAUGGUACUCUCUACGGUCAAGAGAAUCUUCUCGGUCAAACGUGGAAAUUCACCUUGGGGAAUACCGCAAAUCCUACGUCUAUACCUGGUGGCUCCAUCGCCAACCUACAAGGAGACGGCGCCAGGUGUAUUGAUGCAAAGACUGUUUUCCCACCAUUCACCUGUGACGGGAGAGCUUAUGUGAUCUCGAACCUAGUUGGCAACACUCUUACAUCAGUUAAUCUCAACGACGGCAGCCGCUCUACAGUCUCCAAUAAUAUUGGAUCAGGUGGUGCAAUUGAUGCCAUCGGAUACAACAAGUUUGACAACUACAUCUACGGUGUUAUUGAUCAAGGUCUUGUUACUGGGGUUGUUAACACUGUUCUUGGCGGCGCUCAGUCCCAGGUUAUUCGCAUUGCUCAAGAUGGGCAGUAUCAGACUUUAUCUGUCACUGUUCCUUCAAAUACUAUCACCAUGGGUGAUGUCGAUGACCAGGGACGCCUCUGGCUUUCUGAAAGUGGCAAGAGAUGGUGGUGUGUUGAUGUCAACCCGACCUCACCUACGGUCAACAAGGUGAUCGCCAAUGGCACAUCAUCUGCUGAUAUCAUUUCUGGCAUAGGUGACUGGGCUUUCGUACCAGGUGGCGGUGAUUAUCUCUAUGCGGUCCAGGCCUCGAUCAUUGAAUCAGGCCUCAUGCGCACAAACAUUGUUCGCUGGUCUCGUACAACGCGGACUUGGGAGCGAUACCAGUCAUAUCCCAACCUCGUACUUACAAGUCUCAAUCUCGUCUGGGGAGCAGUUUGGGCAGGCCCAGGCGGCACUCUAUAUGCACAAGAGAACCUUCUUGGCCAGACAUGGAAGUUCACCCUAGGAAGCAGUGCUAAUCCUGUCUCCAUCCCAGGUGGUUCCAUCGCCAACUUGAAGGGAGAUGGUGCAAGAUGUAUCGGACUGGAUCCUGCGACCACCAUUCAGCAACAAACCAGCACUUCUCAGCAAUUGCCUAGCAUUACCGUUACCUCGACAGUCACAGUCCCACAGCUGACUCAAGUGGUUACCUCUCUCGCGCUCCCAGGUAUUUCGGGCGGUCCAGCUACCUUGCUUGUGCAGGUGCCUGCUAAAUCUACAGUAACCACAACACAGACGGUCAACACCAUUACUCGUGCUACUACACUCUCAAUGACUGCCACAAACCUGGGUUCACCUGAUACUGUCCUUAUUCAGUUCCCUCCCAAGUCUACGGUGACGACAACACAGACGGUCAACACUAUUACCCGUGCUACUACGACCUCAAUGGCUGCUGCAGACCCGAACAGCCCUGAUACAGUCCUUAUUCAGUAUCCACCUAGGUCUACGGUGACGACAACCCAGACUGUUAGCACUAUUACUCGUGCUACUACAACCUCAAUGGCUGCUGCAGACCCGAACAGUCCUGAUACAGUCCUUAUUCAGUACCCUCCCAAGUCAACGGUAACAACAACUCAAACAGGAGUUAGCUCUAUUACCCGUGCCACCACAGUCUCGAUGAUUGCCGCGGACCCGAACAGUCCUAAUACAGUCCUCAUUCAGUACCCGCCUAGGUCAACGGUGACCACAACUCAGACGGGGGUCAGCUCUAUUACUCGUGCCACCACAGUUUCGAUGGCAGCCGCAGAUCCAAACAGUCCUGAUACAGUCCUUAUUCAAUACCCUCCCAAAUCUACAGUCACAACAACACAGACGGGAGUCAGCUCUAUUACCCGUGCCACUACGGUUUCGAUGACUGCAGCGGACCCGAAUAGCCCCAACACGGUGCUCAUUCAGUACCCUCCCAAGUCCACGGUCACAACAACACAAACAGUUAGCACCAUCACUCAAGUGACCACGGUCUCAAUGACAGCCUCAGAUCCUGGUGCUCCCGACACAGUUCUGGUCCAGUUCCCCACUCCCUACAAUGUUACCAUCACCACAGCUGGUCCUACCACUCUGACUGCCACAUCGACUGCAUACUCGCCGCCCGGCAAGGCUGGUGACCCUGGUACUGUUAUUGUCCAACGGCCACCCGUCACAGUCACUACAGUUGAUUCCAGUGCUUACACCACCUACAAACCUCCUGGCGCCAGCGGCGAUGCUGGCACCGUGGUCAUUGCGACAACUACUAGGCCUGUUGCUCCUGCCUACACCAGUGCCGGUCCUCAAUUCAGUUGCGAUGUUUACGGCUAUCUCAUGCAGAAGACGGCCCUUUACCGUGUUGAGAUUACCACUGGUAAAACAACCCUCAUCAAGAGUACUGUCGGAGGUGGUGGUUGGAUUAACGGUAUUGGUUACAACCGUUUUGACGACUACAUCUAUGGUAUGUACAUGGACAACUCCGGUACCCAACUCAUUCGCAUCGGCGGCGAUGGUACUUCUACCUUGCUCCCCGCCCGUACCAGUGACCGCUCCGUCAACAUGGGUGAUAUCGACAACCAAGGUCGCUUCUGGAUCUCGAACAACGGAGGCGCAUGGUGGGUCAUCGACCUCAUGCCUGGUUCAGCCAAGUAUGGUCAGAUCAUCAUGAGUGGUACUGCUACAACUUCCCUCAAGGCCGCCGAUUGGGCCUUUGUCCCAGGAGGAGGCGACUUUAUGUAUUCCGUCAUGUACAACAGCGAUGGCUCAUCGUCCACUCUAUGCCGUUUCAGUCGUACAUCAUACACAUGGCAGACAAUGAAGUCAUUCGGAGAUAUCACUGGCGACAACAUCUGGGGAGCCCUCUACGCCGCUGCCGACGGUUCACUCUACGGUUCGGAGAACAGCAGUGGAAACAUUUACCAAUUCCCCAUUGCGCCAACGAUCGGCAACCCCAAGUUUAUCUCAACAGGCCCAGUAUCCUCAUGGAACGAUGGUGCCAGGUGUAUCGACAGUCAAAACCUCUCCAAGUAA